GGUCCACGACGAGCGCGCCAGCGACCGCGAGCAGGCCAAGCAGGCCGCCCCGAUCAGUCACCGCGUGUGCGUGCGUGCGUGUGUGAGUGUGUGUGUGGUGCUUGACACGCUGAUUGGAUACCCGACGCCGAGGACGCUGAGGACGCCGACGACGGCCGUCGCUUCGCGCUUCGCGCCGCAGCCCCGCCACGCGCCGCCCCGCGCCGCCACGGACUCGUACUCCUGGACUCCGUGGUCCUCGCUUUCUACUUGGCUGGACCGUAUGAAGACGGUGUGUCGCAUGACAAGAAGAACUCGUUAAUAGUGGGGCGCAAUGCGGAUCCGGGCCGCCCCGCGGACAGCAUGGCUUCUCCUUGCUGCAGGUCUAGUCCUCCUUUUAGUAACUCCAAUAUUAGGCGCCCUCAAACCCCCUUCGCUGAAGACCACCACGACGACUACAACCACGACUACACCUAAGCCGGAGGAGGAGCCCACCACCACCCCCGCGCCCAGCAACAAGUCCUCGCUGCUGACGGGCGUCCCCCAGGUGGACUACAAGCACGACCCCAACCUGCCGCGCGAGCUGAACGGCGCCGACCUCCGCGACUACCCCUUCUACUCCACGGUGCCAGACAACAUCACCUUCCCGUGCGAGGGCCUCAAGGAUGGCUUCUACGCCAGCAUCGAGCACAAGUGCCAGGUGUACCACCACUGCCUGUUCGGCACUCGCUACGACUUCCUCUGCGCCAACUACACCGCCUUCGACCAGAGGACGUUCAUCUGCCACUUCGUGUCCGAGGUGGACUGCAAGAACUCGCCCAAGUGGUACAGCAGGAACGAGCCCCUGUACAAGGCGACCACGACGACCACGCUAGCGCCGCCGCCGCUGCCGGCGCGAGCCAUCUACGACAGGCUGCCCCCCUCGGCGGAGGGCGGGCCUCGACGGGGUGCUGCCGGGGGCGCGGGGGGCGGCCGACGGCGGAGACCUUACCGCCGGAGACGCCCGGUCUACGAGUACUACUACGACGACGAGGAGUACGACGACCAGGAGUACUACGACGACGAGCCCAGCGCGCCGUCCAGCACCACGCCGGCGCCGCCGCGGUCCAGCCGCCGGCCCUUCCUGCCGUCCAGGGGCGGCAACCCCGUGCUGCCCCGCGGCCUGCAGCCCCUCGGCGCCAAGGCCAAGCCCCCCACCACGCCAGCGCCGCAGUUCGCGCAGAUCGCGCAACACCAGGACGAGUACGACGAAGUGCCCGUCGCGCCGCGGCCCAGCCAGACCAGGAGCCAGCCCGCCAGGCCCGUGCUGGACCCCACCGAGGUGGUGGAGCCGGUGACGUACCGCGCGCAGGUGCCGCUGACCGCGCUGGACGGCUCCAACUACCGGUCCAGGGUGGCCGGCUCGUCCGUGCUCUCGUACUCCACGACGACGACCGCCAAGCCCGCCGCACCGAACGCCCCCAACCGGUACCACAUCGUCAAGACCACGCCGCCGCCCACCAACCACGUCGACGAGUACCCCAAGGACGACCCGGAGGAGUACGACGACUCACUGAACGACGCGCUGCACCCGCCGCUGGCGCCGCUGUCGUCGCUGGCGCCGCACUCGCUGCCGUACCGCCAGCUGCGCUCGCACGCCUCCAAGGCGACGCGCAACGGCGAGCAGCAGGUGGUGCCCAACGCCAAGAUCCUGUACGAGCCGCAGCCGCAGCAGCACACCCAGGCCCUGACCGUGGUGCCCGCGCCGUCCUCGCCCGCGCACUUCAAGUCGCGCGGCAACGUGCACUACCAGACCAGCGCAGCGGCCUCCCAGCAGCACGUCGCGCGCGCGCAAAUCACGCAGACGCCGCAGACCCCCGCGGCGGCCGCCCUGUCCUACGACGACUACGAGGACGCCGACCGGCUUGAAGCUGAUUUUAUUUGA